UUCUUCUUCUUCUUCUUCUUCGAUCACAAUCUUGUUUCCGCUACAUACCCAUUCUUAAGUUAACUGAAGAACAAAACAGAGAAAUCAAUUGGAUACUCAUUUUUUCUCUAAGUUGUCAAUUAAGCAAUCCUUUCUUGAAGAAGGUGAAUGGGAAUUUCAACUGUAAUUACCGAAUCAAAAACACUGAUAUUAUAGUUUUGGAGAAGACGAAGGAAGGGUUAUAUAGAAGUGAUAUCAAUGGAUCCAGAUCUGCAAGAAUCUGGCUGGGAAGAAUUGAGAAAAGAAGCAAGAAAGAUCGAAGGAGAUCUUGACGUUAAACUCUCUUCUUAUGCUAAACUUGGCGCUAGGUUCACCCAAGGAGGAGGAGGUUCUGGUUUUGCAGAUAAUAAUGGGUCAUCACCAACAAUUUCAUCUGGGAGAUCAUGGAAAUCAAUGGAAAUGGAGAUCCAAUCAUUGCUUGAAAAGCUGUUAGACACUAACGAUGCAAUGAGUCAUUGUGCUGCAUCUGCAAUGCCUACUAAUUCUGUUACUCAGAAACUAGCUAGGCACAGAGAUAUACUUCACGAGUUUACUCAGGAGUUCAAACGAAUCAAGGGAAACAUAAACUCCAUGAGGGAACAUGCUGAGCUUCUUAGUUCUGUCAGGGAUGAUAUCACUGAAUACAAGGCAUCUGGAAGUAUGUCUCCAAGAAUCCAGGUACUACGAGAGAGAUCUGCAAUACAUGGAAGCAUAUCUCAUAUUGAUGAAGUUAUAAGUCAAGCUCAAACAACAAGAUCUGUUUUGGGCUCUCAACGUACUUUGCUUGGAGAUGUACAAGGAAAAGUCAAGCAGCUGAGUGACAAAUUCCCAGUUAUUCGCGGCCUUCUUGGGGCUAUAAGAAGGAAGAAAUCUAGAGAUACCCUUAUUUUGUCUGCAGUAAUUGCAGCCUGCACAUUAUUCCUCAUUAUCUAUUGGCUUUCAAAAUAGAGUAUACAAGAAUCAAAAUUAAAGUUAGAUAUAUUAGAAACAAAAUGCAUGUUUUGGGGUUAAAAUGUUUUCAUAAUCAGGACAAUUGUGAAUGUUAAGGCUAAAAACUUGUUCUCUUCUGUUAACUUUGUUAUUCAAUUUUUGACUUUGUUUCAAACUCUAUCUUUGUAACAACCUCUGAGUAUAAAUAAGAGUUUCAUCUCCAUUAGUUAAGUGUGGAAGAUAUUCACCAAA